AUGGGCCCAAUUGCGAGGCACACUGGCACCCUUCACCCGUACGGCGCCGAGGAAGCGAAUCGGCAGCCCGCCCCCGCCUUCAGCUCCACCGAGGACGACGUCGGCAUUCCCCUCCACCCCGGCGCGAAGAGCCUCUUCGACCACGCACCGGUGCUACGUCGCAUUCCCAUCUUCGGAGAGACCUGCGAAGCAUACGGUCCCUCAUGCACCAUCAGCCUCGGUCUCUCCUACCUACUCUGCAAAGGUUUGUCGUUUGGAUUUCUGAAAGGCUCCAUCUUCCCUAUCUUUAUCAACGUUUACAAACUGGAGGCAUCUCGCUACCAGCGGCUUAUAGGCCUUAUGGGGCUUUCUUUUACUAUCAAGGCCUUCACCGCCGUGAUAUGUGAUACAUUCGCCUUCUUCGGUUACACCAAGCGCUGGUACAUGUUUGCCUCGUGCGUUGUGGGCAGUGUCUUCGCGCUGCUCUACGCCCUGCUGCCAGCCAAGCAGUCCUCUGGUAACAUUGCUGCCGGUUUUGUAUUCCUGAGUAGCUACGGUGUUGCCAAUGUGGACGUUCUUUCCGAAGGCCAUUACAGCCGUCUUAUGCGUAAGAUUCCCAAGGCUGGCCCGUCACUAGUGAGCUGGGUUUGGUGGUUUAUAUCAUCUGGAGGUACUGUAGCCGUUAUGAUCAUGGGCCCGCUAUCCGAUCUUAAUAUGCCGCAUGUCGGUGUGUUCAUCGCCGCUGGGCUUCAGUUCCUUUCAUCUUUGAUCCACAUUUUCAACCUGUACGGCGAGAAGAUGAACCGCGAGGAGCGCAUUGAGGACGCACGUAUUACGCACAAGGAGCUACUCCUGGAGCUUGAGAAGGGGAAAGCCCCAAGCCGCACGGAGGGGAAGCAAGACGGUCUCAAUGUGGAUCAGGGAAAACCUCCACAGUUGCUGGAGCCGAUCUGCGACGGCGAGACAGUGGCGUUGGCUGACGAUCUGCCCAUGAACCUUACCCACACAAACCAACAGCAGGCCCAAAAGCUGAAGGAACAUGCAGGCACAUACCAGGACGAGGCGAGCCCAGAGCUUCUGCUGCCGCAGCCGAUCAUCUGUUGCUGUGGACUUAUCGAUAUCAACAAGGAGGUCGCCAUGCGGAACAAGAGGGUUGUUGCAUACUGUUUUGUCGUGACAGGCGCUGUCAUAAUCUUGGGAUUCGGUAAUGUCUUUGCAAGUACGCUAGGGUUUCUUAUUAUCUGCGUAGUGGUGUCUUUGGUGUGCUCCGUGAUGUCCUUCUGGGCACUACCAUAUGUUAUUGCAAAGGUUAAUGUCUUUAAUUAUUUAACUUCAGCAGUCUGCAUAGGUCUACCUGGUAUCGGCAAGUUUUACAUCGCUGGACCCGAUUGUGUUCCUGGUGGGCCGCACUUCUCCUUGACAUUCAUGUACACUGUAUGCACUAUCAUCUCUACCGUGUCGGGUUUGACCGGUAUUUUGGUGUUCAAAUACUUCUUCUCAAAAUCCAACUACCGCAAAAUCAUGAUCAUUACCACGGUCAUACUCGUACCUUUUGUGUUGCCUGAGGUUAUCAUGCUCAAGCGUUGGAAUAUACAGAUCGGCAUUCCCGAUCACCUCUUUUAUAUCGGUACCAGUACUAUCAUUUCACCACUGAUCGCCAUGAUUUCAUGGAUGCCAUCGAUAUUACUGCUGUCGCGUCUGUGCCCGCGCGGCUCCGAGAGCAUGGUGUAUGCGCUCCUAGCCAGCUUUCUCAACUUCGGCGGCACCACCAGCACCUCGAUAGGUGCCAUCCUGAUGGAGUAUGUGUGGCCCAUCAAAAGUAAUCCGCCGUGCAACUUCAAGAACGCCGUGAAGCUCGUCAUUGUUGGCUACAUCCUCUCACCGCUUCUGAUCAUCCCGCUGACCCUAUUGCUGCCAAACGUCCGUCUCUCUGACGAGAUCGACGUCAAUGGCAACGUAGUAUCGAAAAAGACAGAUGAAGAGCCCCACGUGAAGCCUGCCAAGGACAGCAACGAGGUCCACUGA